AUUCAAAAAACCCCUGAAAAGAAAAGGGAAAAAAAUUUGGAUUUUUUUUUUUUGGUUUUCCUUCAUUUUUUGCAUAAUCUCUGUUGUUGUGUGUAAUUGUACAAACAAUACAAACAGACUUUUUUUGAGUCUUUUGAAGCUAUAAGAAGAAGAAGAAGAAGAAGAAGAAGAAGAAAGAUUGACACUUUGUGGUCUGUGGUGGUAUUGGUGUUGGUGGGGUUUUGUUGUUAUUUUGUUUUGUGUGUUUAUUAAAUUUCUGGGUUUGCAAAGAUGAGCGGUGGUGGGUCCAGCGGGGUUUCAAUCCCAAUCGACAUAGAGAAGAUGAUCGAUGACAUCAAGGAGAUCACAGUGAAUCCCAGUAGGGAAGAGAUUUAUGCAAUGCUUAAGGAGUGUUCCAUGGAUCCCAAUGAGACUAUUCAGAAGCUCCUUCUUCAGGAUCCAUUUCAUGUGGUCACAAGGAAACAUGGCAAGAGGAAAGAGAAUCCGAACAACAAAGAGUCUGCAGAAUCACGGUGGAGACCUGGCGCGCAGGGGCGAGGGGGUAGGGGUGGUCGGGGGAAUUUUGCCCCUCGUCACACGUCACAUGAUGCUGGUGGUGGCAGGAAUUCUGGCCCUGGAAAGGAGAAUGGCGUCAAUAAAGCUGCAGAGAAGGCUGUCACUCCAACUUUGCAAACCUCUCAGGACACAAAAACCAAAGAUAAAAUUUCGGCAAUAAGCUCUACAACUGUAAUUGCCAAUGGUCCUGAAGUAAUUUCAUCUUCUGUUUCCAUUAAUAAUUUGGGAAAUGCACCACCUCCUGACGAGGCAAACAAAAAUUCUGUCAUUACCUUUGGAACUGGGGACUCGCACAGGCAGCCGACACUAAGCUCCAGUAACUUUUCAGCAUUGACAACAUCUUCAUCUUCAUCAGCAGUCUGUUUCUCACCUUUGGACCCGGUACUGGUACCAUCUAAUGAUUCACGGCUCCCAGGUGCUGUGGGUGCAAUUAAACGUGAAGUAGGGAGCAAUCGACCUCCUGGUGAACCAAAUGCUGUUGUCCUUGCUGAGAACAAAUUAUCUGCUGCAGCUGCCGAGGUUAGCUCUACCACACAAGGAAAGAUGUCAAGCAAAUCCCAAGGAGUUGGGAAAAAUCUGCUUGCUGAGUCUUCACAACCCUCAUCUACAUUAACUCAUAGUGGUUCUUCAGUUAGUCGGCCUUCAUCUAAUUACAAUAACCGGCCACAACAAAUAAUUAGCCCUCAGAAAGUUGGUCCUAAUAAGGAAUGGAAACCAAAGCCAACAAAUAUUAAUGUUCAAGAUUCUGGAACAGCUGCUGCACCUGAGGCUCCCACUAUUUUGGUUGAAGCCACUGCCCAGACACAGCACGACACUAGUGUCCUUGAUAUGGAAGAAGCAACUUCAAAACUGCAGAAGAAGCUGGAGGAGUUACAUCUUCCACAACGUCAGCUUGUUAUUCUUCCAAACCAUAUCCAUGUCCCUGAGUCUGAAAGAACCAAGUUGAGUUUUGGAAGUUUUGGUGCUGAUUUUGGAGUGACUACAAGCUAUGUCAGUGGUCCUGUGAGUGACAAGAGCUCUACAUCUCUAUCUGAAAUUUCACAGGGUAUUGAAGAAUCUGUGGAUGAACAGGCCUCAAGCAAUCAAAAUGCAUUGGCAACGGCCGAGGAGGGAGAUUAUCCUGAUCACCCACAAUCACCUACACGUGUACCCGAAAAUUUAUCAUCUGGUGAUGGUGAUGUCUCAUCCAGUGCUAUCCCAGAGUAUACCGAAUCUAAGCAGGACACUACACUACCAUCAGGAGGCCAUCAAUACUCAAUGGUUCACACUUCUCCAACCUAUGGUUUUGGUUUUGUCCCUCCAAUGAUAGGGAGUCAGCUUGCACCAGUUGAAAACUGCGAGUCUCAAGUGCGUGAUGUUUCCCGUGUUCCAAGCUACAUUGUCCAGCAACCAUACGAUCCAAGUUAUUAUGCUCAAUUCUACCGCUCAGGUGCUGAUAGUGAUGGUCGUCUUUCUCCUUUUGCUAAUCCUGCAGCUGCCACCAAGUACAAUGGUAAUGUCGCAGUAUUGCCUCCACCAAGUUCUCAGUCACCUCAAGAGGGUGGGGUCCUAUCUACAGCAGGUCCAACACCGCUGGCAACUCAGGCUGCAGGCCUCAUGCAAAGCUCAAUAGCUGUAACUCAGCAGCCAGUCCCUGUCUUUCGUCCAGCAGGGGUUCAUAUAUCCCAUUAUCCUCCAAACUACAUUCCUUAUGGUCAUUAUUAUUCCCCAUUCUUCGUUCCACCACCUCUCCACCAAUAUUUGGGCAACAGUGCAUUUCCUCAGCAGCCUCCAGCUGGCAGUGUAUAUCCAGCUCCACCACCAGCACCUGCUACAGGGGUCAAAUACUCACUUCCACAAUACAAACCAGGAACUAAUACAGGAAAUCCAGCACACAUGGGAAUGCCUGGUGGUUAUGGGCCAUAUGGCUCCCCACCAGCUGGUUAUAAUCCCAGUUCUGCUGCAACCACAGGAAACUCAACCAGUAAUGAGGAUCUCAAUGUGUCCCAGUUCAAGGAAAGUAAUGUAUACAUUAGCGGGCAGCAGAGCGAAGGUUCAGCUGUAUGGGUUGCUGCACCCAGCAGAGAUGUAGCCAGCUUACCAACAAGUUCAUUUUACAACCUUCCACCUCAGGGUCAACAUGUGACUUUCACCCCAACACAGGCUGGCCAUGGCACCUUUGCUGGUGUCUAUCACCCUGCGCAAGCAGUAACGGCAGCGAUGGUUCACCCAAUUAUGCAACAGUCUCAGACCAUGGCUGGAGCUGUUGAUAUGGUGGGACCUGGUGGCAGUGUUUAUCAGCAGACUCAGCAAGCACAGAUCAACUGGCCUAGUAACUACUGAAACAGGGAUGGAGUUUUUUUUUUUUUCAUAAACAGCAAAACAAGAAAUUCAAGUCCAAUCUUGGGAUUUUUUUAGGGGAACUCCAACAAGUUUGGAUGGAGGAAAACAUCAAGAAGAUGCAGAAUUGGCAGGAUUUAAGUGUAAAUCAUCCCCUACAGGUGGGAAAAGGUUAAUAGCAAUAGUAUCUUCUGAUUGAUUGGGUUGAGGACAUAAAAGGUGCUGGCCACCUGUAACCGAUAUUGACCAUUUUUAAGUUAGUCAAGGUAGGCAUGUGCAGGUCAUCUCUUUCUUGCUGCUGCUAUAUGGUUUCAGCGUUUUCCCCUUUUCAUAGUUCCAAUCUUUUCCCCCCUUAUUUUAGAUUUUGAAGUCUUUCAAUUCUAGAGUUUACUGUUGAGUGGUGAGUAUCUCGUUCAUUCUUUCUCUUUGAUAUUUGAGGUUUUUAAAGGGUUUUUGGAAGUUUAGAUAUAGUUUGUUGGAGAAACAUUUUCAUCCCUUCCUCGUCUUACUGUUGUCUUCUUACCUGUAAAGUGAAUUUUGAUAGCAAGUUAAGGAUUUACAUAACUGUUGUAUUGUUAUAAGCGAAAGCAUACAUGUCAAUUGUUUCAUUUUCAUUUUGACUGAUUUUUCAUCGUUUAUGUUUGCUUAGUAGAAACAAUUUGGGGGAAAGUGUUAAGAACAUCUUUACUUAUUCUAUAGACAAUAUAAAAGCACAAAACUGUGCUUUGGAGUUUCACA